UGCAGCGCCAAGAGGAAGUGUGUGUUGGCCGAGGACAACGGACUCAACCUGGCCUUCACCAUUGCUCACGAGCUGGGACACAACGCGAUCACGUGGCGCCUCAUUGGUUGAUCUUCCUUUUUAAAUGUGCGUGCGUGUGGCUCCGCCCCUCACCGAUGGCGCGUGCUCUCCAGCAUGGGGAUGAGCCACGACGACGACCACGCCGCCUGCACGGGCCACGCCUACAUCAUGUCUGGCGAAUGGGUGAAGGGGAGGAACCCCAGCGACCUCUCGUGGUCGUCCUGCAGCCGCGACGACCUGGAGACCUUCCUUAGGUCCAAGUCCAGCGCGUGUCUGCUGCACACGGACCCCAGGAGUCGUUACCGGGUCCGCCUGCCCCCCAAGCUACCCGGGAUGCACUACAGCGUGGACGAGCAGUGCCAGAUCCUCUUUGGAACCAACGCCACCUUCUGCUCCGACAUGGAGCAUCUGAUGUGCGCCGGCCUGUGGUGUCUGGUGGAGGGGGACACAUCCUGUAAGACCAAGCUGGACCCUCCUUUGGACGGAACCGAGUGUGGACCAGACAAGUGGUGCAGGGCAGGGGAGUGUGUGAGUAAGACCCCCAUCCCUCAGCAUGUGGACGGCGACUGGAGUCCGUGGAGCCCGUGGAGCAUGUGCAGCCGCACCUGCGCUACCGGGGUCCGUUUCAGACAGAGGAAGUGCGACAACCCCCCGCCCGGUCCGGGAGGUCAGCAGUGUCAGAGGACCAGCGUGGAGCACAAAGCCUGUGAGGGCCCCCCCUGCCCCAAGGGCGCACCCAGCUUCAGAGACCUGCAGUGUUUGUCGUAUGACCGUCACGCUAGCAAAAAGAAGAGCGCCAUGCUGACGGCCAUCAUCAACGAUGAGAAGCCGUGCAUGUUGUUCUGCAGUCCAGUGGGCCGGGAUGUUCCGAUUCUGAUGGCUGACAGAGUGAUGGACGGGACGGCGUGUGGACCCUACGAGGCCGACCUCUGCGUCAAUGGCAGGUGUCAGAAAAUCGGCUGUGACGGCAUCAUCGGGUCUUUGGCCAAAGAGGAUCGCUGCGGCGUUUGUAACGGCGAUGGACGCUCGUGCACCAUCGUGAGAGGAGACUUCAACCACACGCAAGGAAUGGGCUACGUGGAGGCGGUGAUCAUACCUGCUGGAGCGCGCAGGAUCAAAGUUGUGGAGGACAAACCUUCCCACAGCUUUCUGGCCCUGAAGGACGCCAGCAAGAAGUCCAUCAACAGCGACUGGAAGAUUGAACUCCCAGGCGAGUUUGAGCUGGCCGGGACCACCGUGCGCUACGUCAGGAGGGGGUUGUGGGAGAAGAUGUCCGCCAAGGGGCCCACCAACACCCCCCUCCACCUCAUGGUGCUGCUCUUCCAUGACCACAGUUAUGGAAUUCACUAUGAGUACACAGUGUCCCUGAACACAUCACAGGAUAAGACCAGUGAGGAGAACAAAGAACCAGAACAUCUUUACAUCUGGACACACAGCAGCUGGAACGACUGCACAGUGCAAUGUGGAGGAGGGGAGAGGAGGACGGUGGUGUCGUGCAUGAGGAUGGCCAACAAGUCCAUGGAGGUGGUGAAUGAUUCCUACUGUCAGCCUGAGAACCGUCCUCUGCCUCAAGUCAGAACCUGCAACUCUCAGCCCUGCCAGUACAGGUGGGUGGCGGGUGAGUGGGGGUCCUGCUCCGUCACGUGUGGUGCGGGCAUCCAGCACCGCGAGGUUCUCUGUGUGCACCAGCAGCAGAACGGUUCUCUGACCCAGACAACCGAGGUCCACUGCCAAGGGGGGCGCCCGCCCCUCCUGCAGGGCUGCGAGGGCCGCCUCUGCCUCAGCGUGUGGGAGGCGUCCGAGUGGUCUCAGUGCUCGUCGGGAUGUGGAGCAGGCGUUCACACGCGGACCGUGACGUGUACCAACCCGAGGGGCCGCUGUGACCCCCUGUCCCAGCCCACCCGGGAGGAGGCCUGUGAGGACCACUCCAAGUGCUACGAGUGGAAGACUGGCGACUGGUCCAAGUGUUCGUCUACCUGUGGGAGGGGCCUGCAGUCCCGGGUGGUCCAGUGUAUGCACAAAGUGACGGGUCGCCACGGCAACGAAUGCCCGGUGCCGCUGAGGCCUCCCACCUACCAACCAUGUGACCAGGGAGCCUGCAGGCAGAAGAUCAACGUCAACACCAUCACCUCCCCCCGCCUGGCUGCUCUCACCUACAAGUGCACGGGCGACCAGUGGACGGUUUACUGCCGCGUGAUCCGCGAGAAGAACCUGUGCCAAGACAUGCGCUGGUACCAACGCUGCUGCCAGACCUGCAGAGACUUUUACGCCAGCAAGAGCUCUUCCUGACCCGAGCUCCGCCCCGCCCCCAUCGCGUGCCACGCCUCUCUUCCUUUGUAUUCACUGCAGCAAACAGGAAGUGAGCGCCGACGCCUCCCGGCUUUGAUGAAGACUUGAAAAUGUCCAGUAGAUGUUUUGCUGUACACCAAAAAAAAAAAAAAAAAAAAAAAGCCAAAGCAGGUGGCGCCGUUGCACACACAUAAUCGUUGUUGUACCGUAUGCUAGCGUUAACGUUUAUGUCACGACUGAAAGCACCACUGAAGCUAGCCGGACCCACCCCUCCUCCGUGUGAGUGCGGCACGAGGGUAUGCUUGUGGUCACCAUGGUGAUGUGCACGCCCAUAGUGUUAGCGCUGAACCAACCUGAGCUUUGUUAUCUUAGCUGGCUGGACUAAAACACACUUUUUCACACUUGCAGGCUGGACAGGAAGCCGGUUUGGAGCACCACCUGGCGGUCACCUUCUGUCUGCCUACAAAUAUGCACUUUGUUCAUUUUAACAGGAAGUGAGCCAGAUUAGCACAUCGCACAAUUCAGAGGCGUGACAGUAUGGCCGCCAUCUUCUCCCUCUCUUUUGGCACAUAAAAGUCGUAGCGAACACGCGCACACCGAAGGCAGCGUGACCUUUUCUAAAGGUCAUUUCACUUCGAUUGGUUGGGUGUUAGGAGGGUCACUUUUAGGCGUCAUUCAUUGUGGGGUCACUGCAGUGAUGUAAACAUGUCUGUGUGUGUGUGUGUGUGUGUAUCCAAGGUGCUAUUUAACACGUGUGUACUGUACUUGUUCACGUGUACUUCUUGGUGCUGAUCCAGUAAAGACGGUUCUGUUUA